AUGACUGUGAUUGUUGCUGCCCUGUUGCCCCACCAGAUGAGAGAAGCACUCUUUGCCUUCUUUACGGUCCUUCAGCUCUGCGUUGCUCUCCCUUCUGAGCUCCCCCAUACAAGGUCGGAGCUGGAUGGAAUCAAAAAAGCAGAGCAACAACUCUUCUUGAACCCACUGCUGGAAGAUGUGGUUCCACCUUUAUCCAGUACAGGUGCUGUGCUCCAACCAGAGACACGUCCAAAGCUACAGAUGUCCCAAGGAGACAAAUCUAUUCCAAUUUUUGGUGACAAUGUCAGCCUCAAAUGGUUAAGGUGGAAUGGGUCCCUCCCUAAUGGCGCAGUGGCUAUCUAUAACGGCUAUGUCUCACGCACUGAUUACAUUUGCAAAUACAAUUGUGAGGCUGGAUUCUACACACCGAGUAAAGGCCCCUAUUGCCUCUACCCCUAUGCCAAUAGGGAAUAUUAUGCUGCAGAAUUUGACAUCCUUGUCAAUGAGGACAACUUUGAAUUUUUGGAGUGGAAAGAGGACUCGUACGGGUCUGUACCCCCACAUUCUGUCAGGACAUGCUCCGGGGUCAACAUCUUUGUUGGGAAGAACAAGUAUGGACUGGGGAAAGUUGUUACUCAACAUGAAGCCUUUUUCCUGCCAUGGGAAGGUGAUGAGUACUGGUACAAGAAGUAUCAAGUCCUGACCAUAAACACAGAUGCCUACAGUCAGCACAUUUCUCAUGUUGUGUAUGGUAUUGACCAGACUCAGAUCUUCCAUUACCCCCCAGAAACCAUGAGAAUCUCAAGUGUUGUCAACAAUGAAUGUCAGGCAGUAGUGAAGACAGUGACCAUUGAGAAGAGGAGUGAGGUGGAGAGCACCUGGGAAAUUGGCCGCUCUACCAUGUUUGGCGUGACAGGAGGGAUUACCGCCAAAAUCCCUAUAAUUGGCUCAGCUGGUAUAGAAUUCACAACAGAGAGGACACUGCAGUUCUCCCAUGGUACCACAAUCGUUGAAGUCUUUGUCCACUCCACCUCUGUGACACUCCAAAUCCCACCCAACCACUCCUGCUCUGUCCGCAUGGAGGGCCGGAAGAUUACUGCAGACGUCCCUUUCACUGCUCGUCUGAGUCGCACCUACAGCAAUGGAGAAACCCAGUGGACUUCCAUCUCCGGGGUCUAUGAUGGUGUGCAGAUCGGUGAAAUAAGAGCAGUUGUGGACCGCUGUACGCCUGUUGCAGAUGCAAAGCCAUGCCCAUAG